AUGAAUAGGCAGUCGAGGAAUAAUGCAGGUGCAUGUCUUGCUGCAUCAAGGCCGACCAAUCCGGUAUGCCCCACGUCCCAGCUCCUGGGUCAUUUUGUUUCUAAACGCGCCGUGUCAAAAAUUAACUUUGGUACUCUUUUUUUUUUGACGUUGCAGGCCGACAUCAUCGAACGCAAAUCCUCGGGAUUUGGCACAGGUCAGACCCGGCCGUCUGCGACAUCGGCCCGGGGUCACAGACAAAGUGCUGCCAUCGAGUCUCCGUGGGCAUCACAGGAGAGCAUUCAAUCCUCAGUACACAGUCUCCGCCGCAAUCCAGAGAGCAAUUACUACCGACAACAUGCAGGUCGCGUAUCUCGACGAGUGUCGGUGCUAGAUGACACCCCGAAGUCAUACUGUCGGUCCAAACUGGAACGCCCAAACUCGCGAAGUCGCAGGUUCCUCGACAAGAUGAGAGAAAAGAUCCAGAUUCCGGUCGUCUUGUCUGGUUAUGGGAAUGAGCCGCCGGACAUUAUUCCAGGCCGUGAUAGGGGCUUCUUCCUCCCAUCUCGAGCGCUUUUCCAAGCAGAGAGCCGCCGUGAUCGACACCCCAUGCAAGAAUUUACCUGCGCUAUCCAAGUUUUGCCGAGUCUACUGCACGAUUCUCGGCGUGUUGGGAGCGGUUAUAAAACAUGGUCAUUGGCUGUGGAUCAGUUUUCCCCAGAUUUGGAGAAUCGUGUUUGGGUCGACGUCGACCAUGUGAGCGACCAACGUCCGAGGCACGUGUUGGCGCGACGUGCUGUCCCCCGGGUCCCCAAACAAUCCAUCCAUACUCUAUCAGCCAGCUUCUCAGGAACGCCCCGGGAACUACAGAUGCAAGGGACCAGCAAGCUCUUUGCUCAGCUCAGAAAUGAGACGCUACUGACAAGGCCACCAUGGCCCUCGGAGCUCACAGGUUUUUUUGUAAGAAUCACGCGGCGUCGGAAUCCCCCGACGCCACCAUGUUUUGAGGAUGUCAUGUUGGCCAUUUCAAGGCAAUGA